AUGCAUGUUUAUGCGAGUAUUACAGUGCAGUUUAUAAGUGGCAUUGUAAUUUUAAUGGGUACCAUUAAUCUUAUUAAGUCAUUCUUCCUUAGAUCCAAGCGUACUCUGCAGAUUCUUUCUGGGAUUUUUGCAUGGACCUUCAGAAAUGCCUUUAUGUUCGGGGUUUUGUACGUGAUUUUUCAUGAAAAUAUGGUGCACUCAAUUAUAACGAGUAAAUUACUUGGGACCCUGCUAUAUUUAGGGUACUUGAUAGUUACUUCUGUGAGUAACAACCUGAAGGGUGGUACUGGAAUAACAGAUGCUACGGCUGCUGAAAUAACUAUGACUGUGCUUUGGCGAUUUUUUGUCGGAAUUUGUGGGACUGCCUUGGUGAAUGCAAUUGACAAAGAGGAAGUCAUGGAUAGCCCAAAGAAACAAGCAUUUGUUAUAGUGUUUCUGAGUAGUUUUUGUUUAUUUUUCUAUAAAGUAUUCUGCAGGUCUGAACUUUCGUAUGAAAUGAGGAAUUCUUUGCCGGAUGGAAAAUUAAAAAGCACUUUAAAAGAGACACUUCAUAGGAUGGGACCAGAGUCGUAUGAAAUUGUGACAAUUGAUAUGGAAACUGCCAUGCAUAUGAGUCCUGUGCAUGUUGAAACUACAGGUCUUAUAACCCUAUUGAUCCUAAAUCCAUCUAUUCUUGACAAAUAUUCAAUUUCUGAGAUAGAAUUAAUUGUUGUGCACCAUGUCAUAGAGCAUUCCUUAAAGAAUCUUACACUUUUUAGGACAUUCUCUGGGGUCUUUAGGUCUUUGGUUUAUAUUGUUCUAUUUAUCCUUUUAUUUGGAUCUCUCUCUUAUCUGCCUAUUUUCAUGCGGAUUAUUCUGUUCUGUGAGCUGACGGAUUUAAGAGACCAAAUAAAGUCGAUUUUAUUCUGUGUCCCGUGCUACAUCAUUGAGAGGAAUGUUCUUAAAAAAGUGCAUAAAUUUAUGGAUAUUUCUGGUGCAUUCCCGGAGCCAACAAAUAGACUCUUGCGAAAGAUUCAGAAGGUUUCAUUUAGCAGACACUUUCACACGGGAAAGUGCCAUUUCGUCUUGAUGAAUCUCACAGAAUCAGAGAUAGCUGGAUGCUUGGGGAUGAAGGGAUUGUGA